AGAAAGAACUGUUGGAAGCUCAAAAAGCAUUGGAGGAAGAGAAAAGCACAGCACAAGAAGCCAAAAAUAAAUAUCAAACUGCAAAGAAGGAGGCAGGAAAUGUGAUGCAGGAAUUACAGGAGGUGCAGGAAGCUUUUGAAGAGGAAAAAAGGAAAAUGCAGUUGGCAACACAAGAAGCUGCAAAUGUAACGGCUGAAGCUGAAACACUAAGGAAGGAAUUACUGCAUGUGAAGCAACAACUUGAAGAGGAGAAAAAACGUAAACAUGAGGCAGAAAAUGAGAUUGAAAAUUUGAAGAAAGAAUUGUUGGAAGCUCAAAAAGUGUUGGAGGAAGAGAAAAUUAAAAUACAGGAAGCAAAGAAAGAAAUGGAAGAUACAAAGAGUUACACUCAAAACAUGAAGAAGGAACUGAUGAAAGUGCAAGAAGAACUUGCAGAAGAGAAAAUUGAGGUGAAGGCAUUCAAGAAAGAAAUGACCAAGAAAGACUGCAAAGACGCACUUAAAGAAAUACGAAAGCACAAAAAGGAAGCUAAAGAGCUCCUCAAACAGAAAGUGAAACUGGCCAAACAGCAGCUGAAAGAAAAAUUUAAAGAUGCCGAGGAGCAGCUCAACAAAACCUUAAAAGAACUGAAGGCAAAAGAAAAGCAAGCCGAGGACAGGAGGGGAUUCUGGAGCAGACUGCUGAGAAAGAACUGACCCAGCAGCAUCGAGUUUGAGGACAUCAAUAGUUUCUUCCUCCUCUCUCCACCUUUCUUUCACCCCAUCCUUCUUCUUGGGACGUUUGUUUGUUUUUUAAAAACUGAAAUACACAAAUAAAAUUGCCAUAACUUGACCUCAUGUUGCCUGCUUCUUUUCUUGUGUGUCUGUGGAUGUAAAACAGUAACACACUUUCUGCUCUGUGUCUUUA